CUCACUUCGAAUCAAAGAUUUUUUUUUUCGUCCGUUGACUUCAACCCCUGCUACCCACCAUGGCGGAGAUGAUCGCCGUAUCCCUCUCGGCGAAGAUCGCCGCGUCCUUGUCCGCCCCGGCAGCCGUAGAGCUGUCCUCUCUCUUCGCCAUUCGCUCGGGGGUAGCCGCCGCCGCGCGCGAGCUCGAUCUCCUCCGCGCCUUCCUCCGCUUCGCCGACUCCCGCCGCGGCACCGACACGCCCGCCGCCGCUUGGAUCGACCAGGUCCGCGACGUUGCCUUCGAGCUCGAGGACGUCGCGGACGAGUACUCCUUCCUCUCUGGCCGGGGCUUCGUCCGUGGCUGUGCCAAUUUGGGCGCCUGGUUCGCGCUCUCGAGGCGACUCCGGAGGGCGCGGGAGAGGCUUCGCGAGCUAUCGGUCGCCAAGGAAGAAUACGACAUCUUGCCGGCGGUUGCCUCCGCGGAGAGAUUGCCUGCAGUUGGCGGCAGCGCGACCGUCAUCAGCCGGAAGGUAGCAGAUACAGCGCACUUUCUGGGAGAAGAGGAGAUCGUGGGCUUUGCGGCGCACAGAAGAUUACUAAUAGAAUGGCUGGCCGAGGACGCGGAGCCCCGGCGGACGUUGGUCGCGGUCUUGGGGAUGGGCGGUGUUGGCAAGACCACUCUAGCGACCAGCGUCUACAAGGAACUCGCCGCAAGCUUCCACUUCGAUUGCGCCGCAUGGGUGUCCGUCUCCAAGAACUUCACGACGGAAGACCUCUUAAGGAAAGUAUUCAAAGAACUUCACCGGGAUGUUCAUACAGGCGUGCCGACGGAAGUGGACGAGAUGAAUUACCGGUCCCUGGUCGAGGCUUUGCAAGGGUUUCUGUCCAAGAAGAGGUACUUGGUGUUGCUGGAUGAUGUCUGGGACGCCGGUGCAUGGUAUGAGAUCCGCAGUGCAUUUGUUGAAAAUGGAACAGGGAGCCGGAUAAUCAUCACGACACGCAGUCAAGAAGUGGCUAAUCUGGCAAAAUCCACUAGGAUUAUCCUGCUGCAGCCGCUAUCUGAGAAGGAGGCAUGGACCUUAUUUUGUAAUACCACUUUCAGGGAGGACACAGAUCGAGAGUGCCCACGGCAUUUGGAGCUCUGGGCUUUGAAGAUACUGGACAAAUGUAGUGGUCUUCCAUUGGCAAUUGUGUCAGUGGGCAAUCUCCUUGCGCUGAAGGAGGAAAGUGAGUUUGCUUGGAAGAACGUCCAUGACAGUCUCGUGUGGGAUGAAAGCUCUGAUCACAGAAUUGGGCAAGUGUCAAGCAUACUGAAUUUGAGUAUCGAUGAUCUGCCAUACCACCUGAAGAGAUGUUUCCUUUAUUGUAGCAUAUACCCCGAGGAUUUCUUUGUCAAAAGGAAGAUUCUGAUCAGAAUGUGGAUUGCAGAAGGCUUUGUCGAGGAGAAAAAGGAUGCUACAAUGGAGGAUGUCGCUGAUGAUUACCUGGACCAGCUAGUCCAACGCAGCCUGCUGCAGGUCAUUAGGAAAAAUGAGUUUGGACGUGCCAAGCGAUUUCAAAUCCAUGACUUGAUCAGGGAUUUGAUUAUAAGUAGGUCAGCAAAGGAGGGACUCUUUGUAUUCUCAAAAUGCACAGCGACAUUUGAGGCAAACUGUAAUUUUCGUCAUCUUAUAAUUGAUCAGUGCAGGUUUAGCGACCUCCCAACUCCAAAACUGGCAUUCCUUCGGUCCCUCCAUGGGUUUAAAACAGAUUUGGAUGCCUCACUGCUGUCUCAAUUCAGGUUAUUAACUGUGUUGAGCUUAUGGUACAUUCCAACAGAUAAACUUCCUAGUUCAGUGACUUAUCUUCUCAAUCUGUGUUAUCUUGGCAUCCGUUCCACUCUCAUCAAAGAGCUACCACAUGAAUUGGGACGAUUACAUAAGUUGCAAACUUUAGAUGCCAAGUGGUCCAUGGUCCAGAGAUUACCAUGCAGCAUAACAAAGCUGAAGGGUCUGCGCCACCUGAUACUGCUUAGACGUCAAGCUGCAGAUUUUAGGUAUCAAUUUCCUGGUAAAUCAGUUGUGCUUCCAGAUGGAAUGAAAAAUCUGACCUGUCUGCAGACUCUGAAAUACAUUGAAGCUGAUGAGAAAUUGGUCAGAUCCUUAGGAAGCUUCAAACGAAUGAGGAGCUUAGAGCUAUCUGGUGUUCACGAGGGGAAUCUGAUUCAUUUGCCAUCAUCCAUCUCCAAAAUGAGCCGCCUUACAUGCUUGGGAAUUGUAAGUCGGGACGAUCAUGUACAACUGGACCUCGAGUCAUUUUCACCACCACCGCUGAAGCUACAAAAAUUAACCAUAUCAGGGAGGUUAAUAGGGGGUAAGUUACCUUCAUGGUUUGGCCACCUUAGUAACCUCAUGCAAUUGCAGUUGCAUUCUUCUGAACUCAAGGAAGAUUCAAUCAGAUUGCUUUCAUCGCUUCCUAAGUUGGUUGAUCUUAGCCUCAUGGAUACAUACAAAGGGAACAGUUUGACCUUUGCAGCAGGUUGUUUUCCGGUCCUUAGAAAACUAAAAUUGCAGGACUUGGCUAAUCUUACUCACCUAGAGUUUCAAAAGGGGGGCCUUGUCAAUCUACAUAGGUUGAUUCUUGGCAAGUGUGCCAAUCUAAUGACAAUACCCCAAGGUCUAGAGCACCUUAUGCAUCUCAGGAACCUAAAGCUUUCUGAAAUGCCUAGUGAGCUUACAGAAAACAUACAAGAGGUGCAAGAAUUGGAGGGGAAUCAUCAAGAUGCUGGCCAUACUACAAUUGUCAAGGUCAUCUGUAUACAAAAUGAGUGUUUGUUGGAGAAAAAAAUUCACACCAACUUGCGCACUUUACAAAAAUAGGACGUUCAAGGAUGGAUGCAAUAUCAUUCUAAAUCGCCCAGACGGAAUUCAGCGAUGAUCAUGGGUGGCAGAUGUGAAUCAAUUCAAACUUGUGCAGGUAAAUGAAAUGGCAGCUGAUGUUUGUACAGCGAAUGUUCAACUAUUUCGUUAUGGCAACCAACCCAUACAGCCAGACAUAUUAUCAUAAGCCUGCACCAGAUCUCACCAGCUGUUGACUAUCGUGUUCUAAACCUGGUGCACACAUUGAAAAGCAGUGAUCAUGGAGUUGGUAGUUACUAUCAUGAGUAGCUAGAUUUAUCUUUGUACAGUCAUUAUAAAUAUUUCAUCACCGUAUCCAUAUUUAUAUUCAGAUAAUGGCCUAUAUCGCCCAUGGGUCAUUGCUGUCCCUUUGGUAGGAGCACUUUCUGCUUACAAAUCUUUGUACAGAUAUUUAUGUAUCAGCAAAUUGUUGAAUUGUUGGGGGUGAACAGCAGCAUGUUUGACUGCAAGGCA